AUGGAAGAAAUCGAAGUUUGUGAAGAUGGUGGGAUUACUAACACGAAAACAGAAAAACACAAGAAAAAGAAAUCAAAGAGAAAAGUUCACAAGUCACGUAAGACUAUAGAAAUUGGGGAGAAAACGGAAAUACGAUCUAGAGAAAUAGAGGAGGACGCGGAAUUACGAUCUAGAGAUGAAGAGGAGGAACCGGAAUUACGAUCAAGAGAAAUAGAGGAAGAACUGAAAUUAAAGAAAGAAGUUGCUAAAAUUUGGAACAAAUGUUUUCAAGAUGGAAGUGCAAAACCAUGGUUUGUGAUAUCUGUACUUGGAGACUCCUGCAGUAAGGUGCCAAUGACAUGGGAGAAAUCUAUAUUUCAAGCCAGUCUUAUUGAAAUGGCUACAGGUGCAAAAGAAUGUUGGAUAAUACAUGAAGGAGGACAUGGCAAACUGAGUCAGUCAGUAAUAAAAGCAGUGGAAACCCAUAGAAUAAUAACAGAUAACACGUCCAUUGAAAAAGGCAGACAAUCAAGAGGCGUUAACGUUAAACUUGUCGCUAUUUCAAGGACCGAUGUAUCAGAAAAGAAUAAAAGUAAAAAUCCAAGAGAUCAACAACAUGUUGUUUCUGGUGUAUAUGAUGAUGUACAUACAGAAUUUCUGAAAAACAUAUGUCAGUCAAAAGUUACAAUACUGAAGCUUGGUAAACAAGAACUGGAGAUAAAGAUACCAAUUAUUGUUCUUCUUGCUGAAGGGAAUAUGGACUCUUUGAGACAUGUGGAUAAAAUAUUGAAACAAGGCACACCGGUUAUUGUUAUGAAAGGUACCGGAAAGUCUGCUGAUAUCAUUAUACAGUAUCUUGAAUCUGGAAAAAAAAUCCUAAAAAGUCAAGCUCAAUUGUUGUAUGGAAUCAAUUUCAACACGGAUGAUUAUGAAAGACUUAAACCUCUGAUGGAAAGCAUAGAAAAGCAAAAGCAUUUGAUUUCUGUCUACGAUGUUAAAUGCCCAAAUGAUACCUUGUCUAACACAGCAACAAAUGCCAUUUUAUUAUCAUGGGACGAGAGGCGCAUUGCAAAUAGCGAGAGGGAGGAUGCAUCUGAAACUAAUAUUGAUUUAAUUGCUAGUAUUAAAUAUUCUGAUGUUGACAAUCAUGGAGGGCCAGAAGACGAUUCGAGGCCACAAUUAAGCUCAAUCCAAGGAGAUUCAAGUGUCACAGCAAAUAAAACAAAAAAUGUAGAUAGUGAUACGGAAGGAGAAAACUGGCUGAGCUCGUCCUCCUUUCCAUUAUAUUUCACCAUAGCAUAUCAACAUUUGCAGAGUGAAAAGGAAUAUCAGUCACAGUAUUUUGUACAAUUACUGACAAAAGCUAUUGAGGCUGACAAUAUAGACUACGUUACAGUACUCAUACAAGAACAUGAUGUUAAAUUUGACCACAGCUGUUUUCCUGAUCUUUACAAGGAGAAAGAGAAAUUCCAUCUGGGUUUAUUCGAAAAGGAUCAGAAAAGCAAUGAUGGUGGCAUUGAAAAGUCUGAGUCGCAGUGCAUUAAAGUUGGUAGAGAACUGUGUCGACUGUUUCUAAAUUAUCCGAAAGUGACAGCCUUGUUAGCUGCUGCUCUAUUGAAACGUAUGGCGCUUAAAGCAAUAAAAGUUGCAGACAAAUCUGUGUAUGAAGAGUUAAUGGAUCAUUCAAGACUUUUCGAACAACGGUCCUUGAAAAUUUUGGAGACACUUUACAAGGAAUAUCCAAGUGAAGCAACGAAACUCAUGACUUCUGUAUUUACUGUUUGGAAUAUAGAUAUAAGUCCUCUGCGAUGUGCAUACGAAAGCGAAUUUUACGACUUUGUAGCUCAUGCAUGCUCUCAAAGAUGCCUUGAUAAAAUAUGGUAUAAUACACAGGAUGCAUCAGUGGGGGAGAGUCAAAAGGGAUUGAUAACAGUUCUUGUUCGUACAACCAAUCAGAUGUUGAAAGAUGUGUCGAGUAUGAUUGGAUAA